AAUUAUACCGACUCAAUGGUAAUCAAAUCGAUGGAUGGACAAUGACAUCAAAUAAAGCAAGACAGAUGAUGUGGGCUGUUCACCCCUUUCCUCUCCAUAGCUUGCAGAUUCAGCUCAUACACAAGUCCCUCCCUCACCGUUUAUCUCAAUCUUAUUCAGGGAGACUUUGCUCUCAACCUAAUUACGCCGCAAAGUUCCAUUCCUGCAACAGACUGUUCACUCAAGUUGACUCAGUGGGAGCAAUCGACCCCCAUGCUUACACGAGCGGUCGGUGGUUACGUCAAGACAAGGUGGAGCGUGACUCGCGCUACAUCAAGUUCAAUUUCAAAGCACUCUGCCAGAGGGUGAUUGAUCUAUGUCCUGAAGCAGACACCAUCCCAGCUUGUCAAAAGCUUGAAGGAGGUUUCAAUAGGGUGUUUAUUUUCACAUUGGAUAACACCAAGCAAAUCGUGGCGAGACUUCCAUUUCCAUUAGCUGGCCCAACGAGACUGACCACUGCUUCUGAGGUCGCCACGGUUCGCUAUUUACAAGCAAGGACCAGAAUCCCCAUUCCUACGAUCCUUGAUUGGCAUGAUGAUGCUGCACAUGCAGACAAUCUCAUUGGUAGUGAAUAUAUAAUUAUGGAACAUGCAGCUGGUGUUCCAUUGCGCGAGAAAUGGCAGGAAAUGACUGGGGAUCAGCAAGUCAGGUGCAUAGAUGCGAUCUAUCGAACGAUCAAAGAGGCUGUUGACCUGGAAUUUCCGGCAUUUGGGAGCAUAUACUUCAACGAUACUGUCGAGUCAAAUUACAGAAUGUUCUUGGAUAAAGAUUUCUGUAUUGGACCGCACUGCAGUAGUCGAUACUGGGACUGCAAUUCAGGAGAACAUAGGUAUUAUGGCAGAGCAAAGCCAAAUCAUGGGCCUUGGACAAGUAUUGAGGAGUACUGCGAUGGCCUCAUUGACGCUGGCAUUUCCAGGGUACCUCCAGCUGAUACUGAAGUUGAGCAAAAGCCACUCUACCAUGGGUCAGUUCAAAACCACUUGCGCCUUUUAGAAGGCGCCUGGGUUGUACUGAGGCAAAUUGCGGCGGAUUCUCGGAUUAAGACCACUUCCUCGCCGCUAUUAUUUCACCCCGACUUGCAUAUGAGAAAUAUAUUUGUUUCGGAGGAUGAUCCUACUCUCAUCAGCAGUAUUAUUGACUGGCAGUCCGCUAGUAUUGAACCAGCAUUUUGGUAUUCGGAUGAAGUGCCGGGCUUUGCGAGAGAAAAUGACAUCUGCGCCACGACUUUUGAACUCUCCUCGCGGUUUCUGACUCCCAAACUCUCUCGACCGCGAUUGAUGGAUGAAAACCUCUUUCGACCUCUUCGCUACUGUUACAGGACGUGGAAGGAUGGCGCAGUGGCUCUACGUCAUGAGCUGAUUGAAACUUCCCGACACUGGACAGAGCUCGGAUUUGAAGGCCAAUGCCUAUACCCAAUACCUACGUCAGAAGAACUAGCAAAUCAUGAGGGGGAGUACAAACUUUUCGAAGCAGCACAGAAUCUGCGGCGCGACUUGUCAAACUUGCUUAACACAGCAUCAGAUGGUUGGGUACCCUUAGAAAACUGGGAAGCGACAGAAUUGGCUCACAAGGAAUUGUUCAAUGGGAUGUUGCAGGCUGUUUCGGAUAACCCAGACCUGAGUGACGACGAGCCCAUAAAAGAUGAGAACACCCUAAGAUCAAUCUGGCCCUUUGACAUUGAU